GUGCAAGCAGACCUGUGAGGUGGUGUGGGCUGUGUCUCAGCAUCUAGGAGGAAGGGCUGUGAGAUCUGAUUAGCUUCACAGGAAACCUGUUGCCUACAGCCUGCCCUGUUGCACCCACCACUCAGCGAGAAAACUCUGAGGAGAAGCUGAGGGCAAAACACAUCUCAGAUACAGUCCAUGGGGACUGUACCAGAUCCUCUGAGAUCUGCCAAGCUUUCCUUGGUCACAGCUGCUGUGGAGGAGGACCACCUGGGAGACCUGCAGUCUGCUAAGCACCAGCCCAAACUACCCAGUGGAGAGAGGGCCAGCAAUGGCUUCCCAUGCACGCCAUCCAGCUCUGCUGGUGUUUGCUUGUUCGACCUGAAAUGUACGUCAGCUGCCAGCGUACAGAGGUGUGAGCAAUGCUGCGAGGACGAUGCUAGCCAGCAGGAGGCCUUUCCUCCUGGGCUCGCCAGCAAAGCUGCAGAGGGGCAUCCUGCAGCCAUAGAGCCAGCUGGUUGCUCCCAGCCAGCGGGCAGCCAGGGACCAGCAGCGCUAGCCCUUGCUGCAGCAGGAGCCCCCUCAGCAGGGCAGGGGCCAGAGAUGAUGCCAGCCCCCCAGAGCUCCCGGCAGUUUGUGCAAGGCAGCCAGGCAAAAAUGAGCUCCCUGACACAAAUGGAUGACUCCGCCUUGAAACCUCAAGGGACUGAUGAUCAGCCAGCACUUGAGGUGUUAAAUUAUUCUUCCCCAGGUGACCCUAUCAGAGGUAAUGAGUCCUGUCAUAGUUCUCAGGCAAACCUUCUGCAAAGAGGGGAAAAAGGCAGGGAAGCAGAAAAAACUGGUUCUGCUGCAUGUCAGUCAGCCUCGCCAGCGUGUCACGCUGAAGCUGACCUGGGGAGAGACCCACAGACCAGUCUGGAGACAAAAAGUGAGGCUGCAGACGCAACGCAGUUGCAUCCCACAGAUAAGACUGAAGCGGUGCAGAGUGGUGAGGCACCAGCCCAGCCUAGCCACGAGAGUCCGCAUCCUGUACGCAACGCAGACGCUGAGUCAGUGAGCCCAGGCUCCACCCAGCUCUCCAAAUUCAGAGAAACGAGUACAAUGACAGUUCAGCUGGAGAGCAGCUCUUUAACUCAGGAAGCAGUAAGCAGGACAUGUCGAGAUGCUGAGGUUCAGGCUGUGGCUACCAUGGAGAGCAAAUCGGCUUCCACCAGUCCCAGUAUCCUUGCUGCCUUCUUAAAAGGGAAUCCUCCUCCAGAGGAGAAGGAAGAACUGCACGUAAUUUACCAAGGAGGUAUGGGGCUGAGCCACUCUGCACUUAGUGACAGUGUAUCCUCAGAACAGAAGUCCCCAUGUUCUCCUGGUAUCACAUCAAAAACGACUGUUGUUAUGGCUGUGACUGCUUCAGCCCAAACCCAGCCUGUCAGACUGCCUGGGGUCCCACCUGAUGUGGUGUCUCCAUCAGCAGCAGAUAAUGCAAAACACUUUUCCCCUGUAGCUGUUACCUCCCAAGCAACAUCUGUGGGUAAUGCAGAAAUGAUUGGUGCAGCCCCUGACAGCAGGGAUGAUGCACAGCUGCCAAUGGAUGCUCCAGUCCCACCAAAGCCCAUCCCUGUUGAGCAGCUUGCAGUUGACUCCAGUAAUCAAACUCCAGCACAGCCUAGGUCUGGCACUGGAGAACCAAGCACCACUUCUGCUGCUGCUGUCCCAGCAACCAAAAACAAUGUGCAAGAUCUUGUCCAUGAUGCAGGAAGCAGCCGGUUACCUUUACUCUGUAGCACAGAUAGUGAAGUCAAGCAGAAAGAAGUCAUGGGUGACUCUGAGCAAAAGCCUGUGCAAAGUAAGGGUGCGAGUCAAGGGGAGGCCAUUCCUCAUCAAUCUGUGGUAAAACCAAAGGAAGAAAACUCAGCUGUGCUUGAUCCUAGAGGAGGGAUGGAUGUUAGCAGCCAACCUGCCACUGUCCACAUAAAGGCGUGUUCAGAGGAUACAGGUGAGAAGGAUGAGAGCAGAGGACGGGGAGAAACUGGCCAGGCUCAGACAGCCAGCAGCCACAGCCUGCAGGCAGGACUGACACCUGAGUUGAGUGAGAGUUCUGCACGUCUCACCCCUCCCUUGGAGGUGUCAGCAGCCCCCCAGCAGCAAGGCCUCCAGGCCAAGGAGCCCAGGGGCCAACUUCACACAGCAGCUCUUCCUGCUUCAGCUCAGGCCUUGGCAAACCUGGGGGAAAACAAAAAGCAGCCCACCCCGGCCAUGGAGGCGAAAGUGCAGGUGAAGCAGUCCAAACACGUCAGGGAUGUUGUUUGGGAUGAGCAGGGCAUGACAUGGGAGGUUUAUGGUGCUUCCCUUGAUCCAGAAUCCCUGGGAAUUGCCAUCCAGAACCACUUACAGAGACAAAUACGGGAACACGAGAAACUGAUCCGGGCCCAGAACAGUCAGACCCGGAAAUCCAUUUCCUCAGAUACAUCCUCAAAUAAAAAACUGAAAGGGAGGCAGCACAACGUGUUCCAGUCCAUGCUGCAGAAUUUUAGGCGUCCUAAUUGCUGCGUCAGACCUGCUCCUUCUUCUGUGUUAGACUGACAUGGUUUGCAGGAGUGUGUAGAUGUCCAUGGUGGUAGAGAGAAUCCCUCCCCUCAAGUCUCGAGUCCUGCUGUUCCUUUGUGUUAUUGGGGUUGUGAUGCAGCAACAGUGGAAAAUUAUUCCCCUUUGUUUUCUGAGUAGCCACACGCUCCAUCAUGCUGUUAUUCUUGCCACAGCUGGUAUGUUUCCACAUUAUGCCCCCAUCCCGACUACUGUCAGAUGAAAAGCUAGGCACUUAGCAAAAGCACAAAUUUAAAUUGUCACCUCACUGCAGGGAGAGCAGCAGCUUCUGAUAAAGCAAGAAGCAGAGAGAUUGUCAACAUUAUUAUGGGAAGUUAUUUGUGUGCAUCACAAGGUCUUAUAGUUUGGGGUGGCUGGGGGAGGUAAAACUGAGUUCCAGCAGCUGUAAAGACCUAACACAACUUCCCUGUGGUAAGUCCAUGAAAAGGUUAUGGACCUUGAUCACUGAGCAGUCUCACUUCUGUUGAUAUUGUGAGACGCCGUUCUCAUGUGAGCCCCAAAGAGCCAGGUCUUCCUCUCCGUUGAAAUGGAGAAUCAGGCAAAGAGUGAGGAUCAAGGCUGAAGGAUUAUCUCUUUGGGAGAAGUUAAGUCAAUGGUAUUUUGAUGGUUAGAAGGGGAGGUGAGAAAGGACUAUAUUCUGCGGGCUUUUUCUCCCCUGCAUCAGCCACACUUAAGGUGUAAGCAGGCGAUGCACACAGGGCAGGCGAGUCACGAGAGAGCAUGUCAGUAGAUGUACCUGCACCUGACAGGAUGCUCCCCUCACUUGGGCUGUGGUGCUCCAGCCAAGUCUUUCAAAAGCAGCAAGCCAUUCUGGCUCCUCUAAAUCACUCUUUAAAGUGAUGUGGAUCUGGUUUUUUUUCUCUCUCUAGAGACACACAGUAAUGUUUUCCCAUAGAAGCAGAGGCUAUCCUGUGCGUCUGCAUCCAUGAGCCUACAUGUCUAGUGCAUUACACUCAUUUUUUUCCUUUAAAGUUCUUAGCCAACUCUACUUUUUUUGUAGCAUGUUGAUGCUUUUCUUGCUGUCUUUCUUAAACCAAAUACAAUUUAUUUAGCCUGUGCGUAUUUUGUUUUACCUAAUGCUGUCUAUAUUAUAAACCAUUAUAUUGUUAACUUGAAACAUUCACUUUACAGAAGUAUUGAAAUCUUGAGACAAUCUUUGCUGUAUUUCUAAUGUUAGAAAAGUUGUAGAAACUGCUAAUAAAAGGUAGCUUAGUGACUGUUUUCUCCAGAAGUCUGAUAUACAAUAAUGUCUCGAAUGUAUGUUGGUCACAUUUCUCACCUUAAUGAUAUUUUUCAACCUGGGAAAUGUGUUUCCCAAUACUUUUUCAUUCUGUCCACUAGAAUUCAUGAUGGGAGGCUGGGGAACUCCUGCAGUUUGUAGAAAAUUUAGUUUUCAAUCCUGCAAAGCACCGAGGAUUUGGAUGUUGUAAUCCUGUAGAGCACUAGAGUUAAAUAGGGGUUAUUUUUAUUCCAUUAAAGAUUUUUCAUUAAUCAUGAUGAUAAUUUAUUUCUGUCUAGUACCACACACCUGACUUACUCUGUAGAUCUUACUCUUACAACUUACUCUGUAAAUCUUACAGGUUUACACAGUGGAAAUGAGCACUAUUUUUUUUUCUUUUUUUCUGUGAAGGAGACAUGAGGUGGUCCCCUUUUAUUUAGGAGGCCAGACUUUUUGAGUUUAUCAACUGCCAAGCCUUCAAAGCAGCUGUUUUGGGGCAACCUUUCCCUCGCAGAGAGAUAAAAUACUGUAAGAUAAAAUAUUUUAACCCAGUUCGGUGAUAGGUGUUGCCCCUAGGCAUUGUAUCAAAUUGACUCCUAGUUUUCCUCUGGAAUAUAUUUGGUGGCUUUAUGGCAUGUCCUUGUUCCAUUUCUGUACAUCAUUUCAAGUCCUCUCUCACUUGAUACUGAAUUGCUAAUUCUGAAAUACCACAUUGGAGAGUGUCUUCCCACCUCUGCGUAGCAGGAGGAAGGUCUCCUACCUUUUUUUCUGUUAGUACUACUGUUUCCAUCCCUUUUCUAGCAGUGUCUGAGAUGUGAGUUUCACGUGAAAUUUUGUGUGGGAUUAAUAUCGGCGGUAUCACUAUGUCAGGUUAGUUGACAAGUUCAGUGUCUAUUCCUAUUUUGUGUCUGUGUCAGCCCUGAAGAGAUUCCCCGAGUUGUCUGCGGUGUUUGCUGUGUCCUGUUCAGGUCCAGGGCUUUGCGCUGCUCCUUUCUCCUUCCUUUUGCCCCCUCCCUUGCUAGCUGCUGCCCAGCCUGUCUUACUGUGAAACAGUGUCCCCUGGCUCAGCUCGUAUCCCUCUCUCCACUGUCCCCCUUGCUGUAGCUUUGUGAGCCAGCUUACUCUGAACUGUCCCUUUACAAAUAUGCUCAGUCUGAAUAUAUAAAUGAAUUGUUAUAUUUUUUUCCAGAGGAGAAUAAAUGGCUGUCGCACAUUCACCAAUUUCCAUGAACUUUAUCCUUUAGCUUAAGCUCUCCAAAAUAUUUCUAGCCUAUGGGUAUGACUUGAUUUACUGAGACCAAACUGGGCUUAGCAAUGAAUGUGCAGGGUGCUGGGCUGGCACUGGAAUUAACUUUUCUUUGUGAGGAAUGGGAGAUCCUGGUUCCCUGCAGCUGCUUUCAGCUGUGAGUCUUCACCAGCUGGUCCACCCACACCUCCCUCCCCACCCCAAAUGACCUUUCUUCCAGGAAAACUUCAUCAAUACAUACAUACCACAAAACACCAGUGAGCAAGUUACUAAGUGGAUGCAUCUGAACAACUGCAUGGGCAUAACUGGAAAAACCAUAGUGGGCAGCAGACCACUGUGCUUUUGUACUCCAGGAGAAUACAAGUGCAAAGACAAACUGCGAAAUGUUGGUGACGCUGCCUGGUGGACACAGAACUCCUGAAGGCAUGCAUUUGAAGCCAAGCAAUAACGUGCCAAAAAAAACAACACACAGAAACGAGUUGAUAAUCACCAGCGCAUCUCAUGGAAAAUGUUUUAGGUUUUCACUUUGCCUUGCUAGAGCAGACUGUAAACAACCUGAUAGUUUAACACUGGUAAUUUAUGCCUUCUCCUGCAUAAAAUGUCUAGAUGGUGAUGUGAAUCCUUGUAGGGAUCAUGCAUCUUUCACCAGCAGCAAAACAGAACUAUGUUUUGGGUAGCAAUUAGCAAAUAUGCAUGUGAAUGGUCUUGUAGCAGCCAAGGAAGACUGUUUUUGGUGUCGUGUCAGCGUCAAACACGAAACUGUGCUUGGAGUAGCAGUAUGGCAGAGGGUAGGGGGAGAUGAUCUGUGUGCCACCACCACGCUUUUUUUCUCUGCUAAUUGACUCAGAAUCACAUUGCACUGGUGGGAUGGUUAACAACCAAGGUAGUUCAUUUGAACUAAUACAGAGAUAAUAAAAACAGAAAGUCCUUUACCAUUCCUAAGAGUAGGUCCGUAUGAAAAAAAAAAAAAAAAGAGAAAAAUAUCUGUGUUUCAGCCUAGCCAGUUGAAGUAAUUCAAAUUCAGUUUGUUGCAAGGUGAGAAAUUUUUGGAAACAAGCUGCUUAUCAGGAAACUCUUCCCUCUUGGUUGCAGGGGGGGAGGUUAACAUGGCCAGAACCAUUAAUAAAAACAGUGAAUGAGAAUGGAAGAGUUACUUCUAGUUUCAAUACAGGAGCUUUCUGCUAGGAAAACUAAUAAGCAUGUUUCAGUAUUGCCAGUACAGAGCCUGAGUUGAAGGAGAAUCUCAUUGCAGGCAAUUUGCAAUGUAGUCCGGGGUUUCGUGUAAGGCUGUGCCAUCCUCCAUUGUCUGUGAGCACUUGGUUGGUGUCUUGACAGCUUUGCGUUGCCUUGGGCACAAGUGCUGAAGUCCUGCCUCAUUUCUGCUGCCUUGGUUUGGAAAAAAGAGUGGGGAAAGAGGUGGAGGGACAAGGAGGAGAAUAUCUGUCUUAUCCAUUUCAGUAGAAGAAAACCUUCUUUUGAAUAUACCAGAAGGAAUUGCUGAGAAAUACGGGAAGGGAGGGACCAAAAGAGAAGUAAACCAAAGUUGAUAUAGGUGCUUCACAAGGAAUUCCCAUUCCUGUUUCUGUAAAGCCAAUGUUCUACGUAAGUUUUGCCCAUUUGUUCAUUCUGGGCUCACACAUUUUUCAUAUUGUUGGUGUCCCAUGGCUUUUAGGAAAAGGAACAUUUCCAAGGGCUGUAUAUUUUGCUCAUAUAUAUAGACGUAUCCAUAUAUGAUUCAACAAACCUACUAGCAAACAACCUCAGUUUACUACUGCUACUACCAGGUAAGAGCUUGUAAAAUGCACCAUUUGGAGAGGUAUAUUCAAGGGAUUCAGAAAAGGUGAAUAUAUGCUCUAAAGGUAACACUAGCUUUUAUCUUGAAUUUCAUAACUGUGAUGAAGUGGUAAGAUUAAGAAGUGGAAAUCUAAAUGAAAAUCAGUGUUGAAGUUAAUAGAAACCCUGUUUUUUGGUUUGGAAACUUGAUGGAAUUACUUCAUGUUUCAUGACUUAGUAGAGGCAAGGUUUGUAUGAAAGUACAAAUUUUAUUUACUUAUUAGUUCCAUUGUCUUGUUCUAUGUCUUAUCUUUCUACAUCUUUUAAAAGUCAAUGCAAAAGGUUACCAAGACUUUCAAGCCCAGCUUAUGGAAAUGGCUGCUCUGAAUGAGAGACAAAUGAUUGUCAGGCUCCAGGGACUUAGAAAGUUAAGGGCUAUGGUCUGAAGAAAACUAUCCCCUCCUUUUUCUUCUCCCCUGUUUUUGUAAAGUCUCAACCUCUGCCAGUUUAUUUUUUGGAUGCCUGUAUGGGUGGUUAGUAUUUUCAGUCAUCCCGAAGAUAUGCACACAGAUUCUUAUCCAGAUGCUGAACACUACCAAGUAUUUCUGGAGUCACUGGAUGCUGCAGUGGUCCAUGGGACUGAAGGUCAGGUCCUGUACAUUGAAAUGGCUGCAGUGUUCUCUUAGUCAUCCCACUUGAGUCAGUGUAGAUGUUUAAAAGAAAGAAUUAAGUAUUACUGCUUCAUUGAACCAAACUGAAAUUACUAUCAUCCUUUUCUUUUUCUUUUUUUUUUUUAACUGAGAUUUAUUAUUUUAUUCUACUUUGUGCUUUUCUGAGCAGCUUUUCCUUUCCAGAGUUUAUAAUGUGGAUGUUGCAUCAAAUCCUAGCAAGGCAGAUUUUGCAGAUUUUGGCAUCAUUCGGGCUUCUUUAAAGAAGAAAAUGCUGUAAUUACUGAGCCCAGUCACACAGAGAUGAAUUUUUUUUUCCUCUAGGAAAACAUUUGCUGUAGGUAAGCUUAUGUGUGAAUGUGUUCAUGUUUAAAAGGGAUGUACAUGUGUGCAGGUCUCAUGCAUUACUCAUACUCUAAGACAGUUUUUUUCCUUUACCCUUCUGAUUGAAUGCUGGACACCUAGCAUUUUCAUCAACUUUGAGGCAAGUUUAGAUCACUCUGCAAUACAGAAACAAGGAUUUUCUCCUUAUGUGGUCUCAAAAAAAUUCCCACAGCUGUAUCUGAAAAACCCACCAACCUCCAUGUCUAGACUGUCAACAGAAAGUGCAGUGGUUGGGGUGUGCAGAGAUGCACACUGGCUACUGAGCUUGGUGGAAAUCCGUACUUGUAUGUACAAACUGGUUUCUGCAAAAAGACUAUGGGUGAUAGCAAGCAUCUGAGCUCAUUAGAAACAGAAUCACAUCAACCAAGUCCCGUUUGAAAUACUAGACCUUAAGUUUUUGUUAGCUUUCUGCUUAGACUGACACUCUGGAAUAGAAAUAAAUUACAAUUCUGCCAGCAAAGUCUCCAGCAGUUGUCUGUUGUUGAACACGAGUCUCUCGGAUGCUUCUCAACAGCUCUGUUACAACAGGUAACCCUUCUACUGGAGGGUCCUCCUGACAACACUUCCAUUAGCUGAGCUUAUAAUCAAUAGUUUGAAGUAUGUCAAAUGCAAGUUUAGACACUACACUGAAGAAUUUCAGUAAAAUGGAAGAGGAAGUUCUAUGCAUUUGUGGUACAUAAAAUCACAUCUGAAGUCUGAAGUUAGGAUCUUGGUUGAACACUGAAAGCAUUGGGAGUUUCUACACAGAGUUAAAGGGAGAAAGUAUAAUUUGAAUUCCUGGCUGUUGCAAGCACCACAAAAAUGAUAGCUGUGAAUCAGUCAGCAGCAGGAGAAAACCAACUUGGGGGCUUCUAACAACAACUAAUAUUACUGUGGCUUUAUUAUUUUUAUAGUUACACUGACUGAGCGUGAUGUACUGUACGAAGUAAAGCUAGUAUUAGGCUUCCAGGUGUACCAUGGCGUUCAUUCAAGACAUACCAACAGAAGUUUGCAUGUGAAGAAGUCUUACAGUGAUACUAAAGCAAUGUUACCCACUCGAUCGAGUCCCUUAGGAAUUUAAUGUUUUGCUGUUUUACAUCUCCUGGUUUCCAUGCUGAAUACAAUAAAAUGA